CAUCGUUAUCGUUUUUCUCUUUCGUUUGUGUCUGUUUCACUUUCCCGCAGAAAAUAGGGUGUCGAAUCUGUCCUAUAACCUCCGUUAUAUUUAUUACUAUUUAAAGAUCGAAGAUGAAUCUUUUAUGAUAAUUGUGGAUUAAUUCGUGUAAAGGUUGUUCUAAGUGAUGUUGUGUAAGAUCGUUUGUGUUCUUGCGGUCACUCUGUAGCGUUUUUAAAAAUUAAACAUGGCCUCGAACCGAGGAAUUCAGAUCGGAUCCGCGUGGUUCCAACGGAAACUGAAUUUGCGACCGCAGCACCGGGGCGUGCACCUGGUCACCGAGGAGAUCCUCAAGCAGGUGCCGGAAUUGUCCCAGUUUGCGGUGGGGCUUUGCCAUAUCCAAAUAAUGCACACAUCAGCGAGCCUCGCGCUCAACGAGAGUUGGGACCCAGACGUCAGAGACGACAUGGAGAUGAUGCUCAAUAAAAUCGUUCCCGAAGGUCUGCCUUACCGCCACUCAUGCGAGGGGCCCGACGAUAUGCCUGCACAUGUAAAAGCCUGCUUUCUGGGGUCAUCCUUGACAAUCCCCAUCACUGAUGGCAAAUUAAAUCUUGGCACAUGGCAGGGAGUGUGGUUGUGUGAGCAUCGGAACCAUGCAGGCAGCCGAAAGGUGGUGGUGACGCUGUCGGGCUGCCCGCGCGACUCGCCGCUGUCGCCGGUGUCGGCCGCGUCGUGCUCCAGUUAGGACAGGGGGGGGGGCGCGACCCCCCGCACGACCUCCCACUCGCGCCCCUCCUCCAAAAGCACGCGGAGGUAAACUCCCCGCGACCACCUUUUAUAUCCCGCACCCGACGUAGCUGUUAGUUCUUACCUUAGAUUAAUAAAACCUAGAUAGUCAGUGCACGAAAGGUGAGGCAGAUUUUAGUGAGCCAGAAUGGCUUACUCGUAAACGUCACAUGAACUGUCAAAGUGAAAAAUUGGUAAACACGUCCGACGACUUUUAAUUAAUUAAGACGGUUUGUGCUGUGAAAGGGUGUCUAAAUACAACAGAAAAACUAAAGAAAGUGACCAGUGUUACAUUUCAUAAGUAAGUACUACGAUUCGACGCGUAUUUUGCUUGAAUUUGGCUUUCAAAAAUUAAAUACGGGAAUGAUACCAGUAACAAGAAAAUUUAUUUCCCAAUUGUUCGCCGUACAAAUACACUUCCUUUUUUAUGAAAUCGAGACUUUUCAGCCGAUUUAUCUUAUUGUAAUUAGGUAGGUACUUUGAAUUCAAUAAAUAAGUAAGUACAUGAUGCGUUUUGUUUUUGUUAGUUAUAAAAUAAUUAAAAACGUAUUAAAAAUUUCCCUACUUUCGGGAAAAUCGCCUUCACUGUCUACACUCCCCAACAAAAUUGACACUAAUGACAUAAGAUUUUUGCCUCACUCUUGACGAAGCGUUUGUAUGAAGACUAUCCAUCUAGGUUUUAUUAUUCUAAGGUUCUUACUCUAUCUUCGAGCGACAAUAUGUACAUAAGAUUAAUAUUUUGUAACGCUUCGCGUGGCGGCUUCGACCGCUCGAAGCCUCCCGACCGUUUCGGCCGGCGGCUCGCGGCGUCCGCUUCGGGCGCGCGCUCGCCUCGCCCCGACGGGCCCGAGUCCUACUGUAUUAUAGCGUUUAUAGGAAUUGAUAAAAUAAUAAUGAUGAUGUACUCGUUCACCUAGCUUCUGUGUUCUGUCGGUUGAAGCGCCACGCGAAGGCCGAGUCCCUAUUGAUGUUAUGUUCGGUCAGGUUUAAACUGAACCUGUUGAAUUUGUACAUAAAAUUAUGUGCGACGGUUUUAAAGUAUACAUAGAGAGAUGAUUGUUGUUUCGUUAUUGCGACUUGUCGAUAUGUAAAUAGUUCACGCGUGAUCGUGGUGACAUUCCGCUUCGUAGGUUCGGUUGUUGAAGGUCGACGUGGCGCCUUCUUUUAACGUUAUUAACCAUAUGUUAAGGGGUGUACGAUGUGAGGAGUGAUCAUUUGAAACGAUUAACUAUUUUUCACUACUGCACUUGUUUAAAUUUUUUCCAAGUUCACCGGGAGACACUAUAUUUUUUAACAUGACGGCACGUUAGGCGUUUAUAUGAAGUUGGACACUCAUUUUACUACACCAAUUUUGUAUGUAAUCACACUGGUUAACGGUCAGUUCGGUAAGUUUUAAGAGCUGAAUGUAGGUUAAAUAGGUAAGUACUUUGUACGUUACGAUAGCUCCCUUCUCUCUCCGUGUUAGGUUAGACAUUAUUAACGAUUAGUAUGUGAAACAUGUCCAUAGCUUUAAAUGUGUCACACUCGUUGUAUCAACGGGUCCUUCACGGAAUGACAAUGAGCUAACAUUUGGUACCACUAGGUAGUAGUUGUAUAUCAUUACUCUUAAGAUCAUAUAAGUGCCUCGGAUUUAUGGGGUGGUCAUGUAUUCAUUUGCGGACUUGUUUUCUGACAAUUGGGAUCAGGGAAUUAUGUUGGGUUGGUAGACUGAAAUUAAGCUGAACUUCCUCACAUCUCGGUAUUGUCUAUCCAACUGGAUUUAUUCUUUGCGUUUCCAUAAU